UGGAUGUUUAUACCCACAAGCUGUGGGAAUUAACAGCAUUCCUCUCCUAUUGAGUCAAAAGUCUCGGCACAAAUAGAGGCGCUCCAUGGAAAAAAAAGGGAGCACAAGAAGGUGUGUCGUGCUGGAAAAAGCAGGAGGAUCCAAAAAAAAAAGGGAAGGAAAAAAACGCACCCAAAUGUCCCUUUUCCUUUUAAAGCCCUGCUCCCGGAGGAUGGGCAAGCGCAGGCGCUUCCAACCUGAUCUCACAGCCGGGCUGGGCAAGGUGCUGGUGGCGCUGGUGGCACUGGCGACGGGUGGCACUGGGUGAUGUUGUAAGCUCUGGGUGUGUUGCUGGGCGAUGUUGGGGCACGUAAGCUGGUGACUUCCUGAGCGGAGAGUGCUGACUUCCUGAGCCGUGGUGGCAGCACCAGGACUGGGGCUUGGCCAAGGGACCUGAUGGCAGAGCCCAAGCCCCCUUCAGAGCCACGGCUGGAUGAAGCUGGAGCACCCACAGCAGGAGCUGCUCUGAACCCGGACCCUGCACACAGCCCAUUGGACUCUGCAGUGGGUCUGGGGCUGAUGCCCCAGCCUGGGGACAGCCCCGACGCCUGCCAGGACCUCCAAACAGAUGGUGGGAAUGCUGACUUGGAGACAAACGUGCCCCAGCUGGACCAGGAUGCAGCGGAGACCAGGAUCCCAUUGGACAUGGAUGUGGCAGGAAUCCCGCUGGACGUGGAUGCAGAUAAAGCAGGGGUCCCACUGGAUGUGGAUGAGACAGGGAUCCUGCUAGAUUUGAACGCAGGUGGGACAGGGAUCCCACUGGAUAUAGAUGCAGAUGGAGCAGAGAUCCCGCUGGAUGUGGAUGAAGCAGGGAUCCCGCUGGACGUGGAUGGGGCAGGAAUCCUUCUGGACGUGGAUGCAGAUAGAGUAGGGAUCCCGCUGUACAUGGACACAGGCAGGGCAGGGAUCCCAGCUGAUGUGGACACAGACGGGGCUGGGAUCCCGCUGGACAUGGAUGCAGAGGGGGCAGAGGGCACGGAGCAGAAGUGCCUGACCCUGGAAGAGCUGGGGGACUACUUCCAGGAGUGCAUCGAAGCCGUGGAGCAGCUGGAGCAGGAGAGGGACAGCCUGAUCGCAGAGCUGGGGCAGCUCCGGGAGCCGGCGCUGCAGGAGAUCCACCAUGCCCAUGAGGAGAUCCAGGCUGCGUGCCGGCUGCUGGCCAAGGUGGAGCUGGAGCGGGACAACCUGAAGGAUGAGAUCCGUCAGAUCAAGCAGAAGCUCUUCAAGGUGACCAAGGAGUGCGUGGCUUGCCAGUACCAGCUGGAGAGCCGGCGGCACGACCUCUCCCAGCACGCCGCUUACCGGGGCGAGCUGGAGACCCAGGCGGGGCAGCUCUCCGGGGAGCUCUCCCAGCUGAAGGAGACCUGUGAGAAGGAGAAGGAGGCUUUGAGGCAGCGACUGGAGGCUCCCCCGUGCCGCCAGGAUAACCUGUACCUGCAGGAGAGCCGCCGGCUCUCCAUGGAGUUCGAGAGCUUCGUGGCCGAGAGCCGGCGGGGACUGGAGGAGCACUAUGAGCCCCAGCUGCUGCGGCUGCUGGAGAGGCGCGAGGCGGGUGCCAAGGCGCUGCAGGAGGUGCAAGGGGAGCUGCAGGGGAUGAAGGAAGCCCUGCGGCCCUUGCAGGGGGAGGUGAGCCAGCUGCGGCUGCAGAACCGGAGCCUGGAGGAGCAGAUCGUCCUUGCCAAGCAGAAGAGGGAUGAAGAGGUUGGGCAGUACCGGGAACAGGUCGAGGAGCUGGAGGACAGGUUGAAGGAGCUGAAGAACGGAGUCCAGCUCCAGCAGCGCAAGAACCAGGAGCUGGAGGAGCUGAGGACCAGCCUCCACCGGGAGCUCUCCAUCUACAAGAGCUGCUUAGAAAUCUAUGGCCACCUUUGCAAAUCAGAAGACAAAACAGACCAGGAUUGUCAAGAAUGAUGGAUUUUUCCCUCUCUGUAGCAGGAGUAAGGGACAGACGGAUCUGCAGGGGACAUCUCCUCUUGCUGCUUACCCUACCCGAGGCCCAGCAGCUGCCUGAAGUCAGGAAUACUGGACAAUCACUUGUGUGUAUUUCUCAAGGUGCUGCUGGUGAUCGAGUAGUGAAAACUGCUGAGCAAAUACUUGCACUGAACUGUGGACACAGAUGAAGACUAACAGAUGUAUGCUGUGCUGUGUUUGGGAAAACACGUCUUGGGGCAGGGGUGGAGAGUAUGAGCCUGCCCAGGAAUCAGUGUUCUGGGAGCCAGUGUUACAGAGUGGAGUUUUAAAGUUUACAGGCAAGGGAAAGGGAAGCUUUAUGCUUUUAACAGGGUUUUCUUUUGUAUUUCAAGGGCCUUUGCUGUACUGGGACAUGCUCCACCACGGGCCACAGAAACGAGUUUGUGGACAAUAGGUUCCCACUUUAUAUAAAGUCUCACACUGAAAAUAAAGGUCAGAGUUUAAGGAUA